UGGCGGCGAUCUGGCCCGUGGAGCUUCAACGACGAUUUACCAACCAUCUCCGCAAUGGUCGACAAUAGCGCCCUGAGAGCCGCGAUCCGGUCGAUCAUUCGCACCGGGGAUCCCAGCUCAUUGACGAUCCGCAUGAUCAAGCGGCAGGCGGAGCAAAAGCUUGGCCUUGACGAGAACCACCUCGACGAGCCGAGACUCAAAGCGGAUAUCAAGGCAUGGGUCGCUCAGUGCAUGGAAGAUGCGAGCGACCAAGAAGAUUCUAGCGCCGAUAGAGAUGUUGCCCGUUCGGCCGAGACUGAGCCUGAGCCAGAUGAAGCGGAUCCCAAGCAACAUCGAGCCAAGAAUGGCACUCCAGAAACAAAGGCGAUAAUCCAAAAGAACGCCAAGGUGGCCCGCCCCAGCGACGACAAGCAGCAACAAGAAAGCAGGGAGAACUCGGGGCAGGAUGAGAGUGCCUCCGAUGGCUACGGUAUGGAGGAAAGCGAUGACGACAGUUCCCAGGGAAAGGCCGACACACGAAAGAGACGAGAGGCCCCAGGCUCCGAGGCCGCAGAGAAAAAAAAGCGUCAAAGAAAGUCAAAGGCGGGCGAAGCGUCCACAGAAAUCUCUGAACAGCAGGCCGCCACGAUCCGAAACCUCCAAAAUUACGUUGGAAAGUGCGGCGUGAAAAAAUUCUGGGCCCGGGAAUACGCAGGAAUGAAUGGCGCAGAGCGAAUAAGACGACUGAAGGAGAUUCUCAAGGAGCUUGGAAUCGAAGGGCGACCGACGUUGAGCCAAUGCGAGAAGAUCAAGAAGAAAAUCGAAUGGCAGAAGGAGCAAGAGAGCCUCGAUCUCUCCAACAUUAUUGAGUCGGGAACACGCACCAGAGCUCGAAGACAACCCAUCGAGUCUACGGCGGCGCAAGCAGGCGGGUCAAGGCUGGAAAAGAAACCAAGGCACGUGGCCGACGAAGAUAGCGAUGACGAUGAGGAGAGGGCCACCGGCUCUGAACGAGAUCGUAAGCGCGUGGUCAAGAAGAGUAAGAAUGAAGAUCGUGAUGACAAAGAUCACGAGCAUCACAAUGAGACCGAAAACUCUGGAACCGAUGGCAACCAAAGCAAGGUCUCCCAAUCUGGUCGCCUCCGGAAGAUCAAGAAAGUAGAGCAAGAUGACGGUGACGACAGGGACGAGGACGAGGAUGAGGGCAGCGACGACAACGACGACGACGACGACGCUGAUGGAUCCGACCAAGAUGAGGACAGCGAUGAAGACUAUGACCAAAGUGACGACGACGAUGAUGAUGAUGACAACUACGACGAUGGAGAUGGCCGUGACGACGAUUGACGAGGGCUGCUUGGUGUCUGGGUAUAUUUGCGGCUGCGCUAUCACAUGAUGCAACAGGGCAUGAGAAGCCGUUCUGGUUCACCUGGAUUUGUGCGUGGGAACCAGGUGCCAGAAACAUACACAAUAAUACGAUCCGCUUCGAUUGAUAUUUCAAUGACACCGCCUUUAUGCUCCGCCAUUCGCUCCUCGGUCCUCUUUUCGAUCCUGCCCUCGGUAUGUUCCUCGAUUCGAUUGCCGAUCCUCCGGCGACUCGAACAUGGCGAACACCCAUAUGUCCAAAUAUGGCAGCAUUUCCAAUCGGAGAUUGAACUGAGGGCAAGCCAGG